UUUUGCUAUAUGCAUGUAUUACCACACCGCAAAAGAAUGGAGAAGAAACCAAUAGCUCUAGGCUCACAGCAAAACCAUUUUGUGGACAUUGAUGAAGUCUUGCCGGAAGAAGAAGAAGGCGACGAAGAGAGGAUGAUAAAAACAGAGGAGAAAGCUGAGAAGAAGCAGCAGCUGAUGAGCAACAAGGCUAAAGAAUCAAGGAAACCCCAUCACCGGAGUUUUAACCGGCAAGUCUCGCUGGAGACGGGGUUUUCGGUGCUGAACAGCGAGAAGAAAGCAAAAGAAUACGAGAGGAAGGCUACUCUAACAAGAAGUGGCACUAGUUUGGGUGGUGCCAAUGGGAUUCAUGGAUUGGAAGCGAGGAAGAGGGACUUCAGCAUAUUCAAGACUAAGUCAACACUCAGCAAGCAGAAUUCUUUGUUACCAACAAGGAAUAAAGAAAAGGAUCAUCAUCAUCAAUUGGAAUCUCAGAAGAGUAAUGGGUUUAGCGGGAAUCAAGAUUCUGUGAAUGAAAGUGUUCCUGCUGGUAGAUAUUUUGAUGCUCUUAGAGGACCUGAGUUGGAUCAAGUCAAGGAUUCAGAGGACAUUCUUCUCCCCAAAGACGAGAAAUGGCCCUUCCUCCUCCGGUUUCCGAUCGGAUGCUACGGUAUCUGUCUUGGCCUAAGCAGCCAAGUGGUGCUCUGGCGGGCCCUUGCAACCUCGCCAGCCACCAAGUUCCUCCAUAUAACCCCAGCCAUCAACUUUGGCCUGUGGCUCUUGGCAGUAGCAGUGUUAACAGCAGUUACCUUCACAUACAUUCUGAAAUGCAUAUUCUACUUUGAAGCAGUGAAAAGAGAGUACUUCCACCCAGUCAGAGUCAACUUCUUCUUCGCCCCAUGGGUGGUAUGCAUGUUCCUAGCCAUUGGGGUGCCCCCUAAGCUAGCCCCACAAGGCACACUCCACCCUGCUAUAUGGUGCACCUUCAUGGGUCCUUACUUUCUUCUUGAGCUCAAAAUCUAUGGACAGUGGCUCUCUGGUGGGAAAAGGCGUCUCUGCAAAGUUGCAAACCCAUCAUCUCACCUUUCCGUGGUUGGAAACUUCGUCGGAGCAAUCUUGGCAUCCAAGGUUGGUUGGAAUGAGCCAGCCAAGUUCCUGUGGGCCGUCGGGUUUGCGCAUUACCUGGUGGUGUUUGUGACGCUUUAUCAGAGGCUGCCAACCAGCGAGGCGCUGCCCAAAGAGCUCCACCCUGUCUACUCCAUGUUUAUCGCAGCUCCUUCGGCCGCUAGCCUUGCUUGGGAGAAUGUAUAUGGUGAAUUUGAUGGCUUAUCAAGGACUUGCUAUUUCAUUGCAUUGUUUCUCUAUGUUUCCCUUGUUGUGCGGAUCAAUUUCUUCACUGGUUUCAGAUUUUCAGUGGCGUGGUGGUCAUAUACAUUUCCAAUGACAACAGCAUCAGUGGCAACCAUAAAAUAUGCAGAACAGGUACCUUGCUUCAUAAGCAAGGGACUUGCUCUUGGACUAUCAUUUAUGUCAUCAACAAUGGUGUCUGUUCUUUUUGUAUCCACACUUCUCCAUGCAUUCGUUUGGCACACCUUGUUCCCUAAUGACCUUGCCAUUGCAAUAACUUAUAAGAAGAGGCAAGGCAGGGAGAAGAAGCCUUUGAAGAAGGCCUAUGACAUAAAGCGUUGGACAAAGAAAGCUCUUACCAUAAACAACAAUUCAGUUACUGAGAACAAGGAUGCAGCUCAAGAAUGAUGAUUUCUAUUGCCACACAAUUAUGUCGAAUUAAUCACAAAUUUCUUUGUUUUAGAGGAAAUUGUGCUCCAGAAAGCUAUAUCAUUUAAACUAUUUCCCAAUGUAGAAAAAUAUACAUAUACUGAUUGGCUCGGAUAUUUUGCCGGCCAUUUCUUAUCUAGUAUAUAUGCUAGAAUUGCUUAUCAAUGUCUCUUAAACCAGUUUUAGAAAUAUAAUAAUAUUGAUG